GCGGCCAUGAUGAAGCAAAACAGCAACGCCAUCCAUAACAUGACCGACACCAUCAAAGCUCUAGUGGCAGGACAGAGCAAGCCCAAAGUUCAAACAACAUCCCCGCCCAGACAAGGACCAAUGCAACCUCAGCCAGUUCCGGCGUCCAACGGCAAUAAUGAAGAAUGCCUGAUGCAGCACUGUUUCAAAGUCCACGAGGCCCGUCUGAAUCGCGAACAGGCGGAGCAAACUUGCCAGGCGGAUGGAGGCCAUCUUGUAAUGGCAAAAAGCGCAUACUUAUAUGACUUUGUUGUUCGCAUGAAGAACCAAGUAUCCCGAGACGACCAGUUCUGGUUUGGCGCCAAGUUCACGGAUGACAGGGUCUGGCUGUAUCCGGAUGGAACUCCUGUUGUGGAUGCCGUGCCCUGGGCUCAAAACGAACCGAACGACCACAACAAUUACAAGUGCUCACACAUCGUGUUUGGCAACAAGAAUGAUCCUGGGCGGAAGGAUCUGGUGGCCGAUGCACACUGCUCUUAUAGACUCAGCUUCAUCUGCGAAAGGACUACAGCAGAUGGGAAGUGAUGAAGUGCAAGCACCCAAGUGUUGCACCCUUGGUACAAGGUUAAAACGGUCGGCACAAUGAUUUCGGAAACGUGAAUGUCAUCAAGCAUUUCUUCAAUGUUGAUACUCUAUCAUUUGUGCCCAAGUAUGUAUAUGAGUUGGAAAGUCUACCCUUGAAAAAAAGUCAUGAUCCUACUAUGCGAUUGGCUCACAAAAGUUCUGGAAUGUCUCUGCCAAUAGUGGACGUGGACAUGAGGGUUCUGAUCGUUUUUUAUGACUCAUCAACGAAAUCAGUCAUGGUGCUUGUUACACAAAAACAUUCAUUAUACCCCCUUUCCACUAGGACGGCGCUCUCGCUGCGCUCUCUCUGCGACCUAAACUUUGACACAGGGCUCAACGAAUUGUAUAGAAAAGAAGGAAUAUUUUUAC